AUAAAAAUCGAAAAAACUCUCCAACAGCAGCCACUACAGUUCACAGUUGCUAGCAAAAGAGGGAAAGCACGGCAGCACAUCUCCUCGCCGAACGCAGCACCGCUUCCACCUCUUCGCCGCCGUAAGAGUUCGCAGAAGCUCCGAUCCAGCAAUUGAGUUGCGAAUGGAGUCCAAUUGGAUAGGGCUAUUGACUGCGGGUCUAUUCCUCACAAUUUUGAUGGCCGAUGGAGUGAUUUCGUGGACUGGUGAAAUCCAUGGCAGAGUGGUUUGUGAUGUGUGUGGAGACUCUUCUAUUGGACCCGAAGAUCAUGUUCUACAAGGUGCUGAGGUGGCAGUUCUUUGCAUAACAAAGUCGGGUGAAGUUCUGAACUAUCAAGCGUUCACAAAUUCAAACGGGAUAUACACGGUGGCCGAGACAAUGCCGGAGAGCGAAAGGUGGGAUGCUUGUCUAGCCAGGCCAAUCAGCAGUUUCCACAGUCACUGCACGCAUUUAGGAGAUGGUAGCUUCGGUGUGAAGUUCAGCUAUAACCACCCCUCAGGUUAUUCCCAUACUGUCAGACCUUUCGUAUACCGUCAAGCCGUUGUUCCUGCAUACUGUGCUUAGAAAGUUUAUGUUGUUCGACUCAAAAAUAAAUUUACAGAAAAUGGUCAAAAGAAGGCGAAGCCCGGAUGUAUAUCUUAAGCAUUUGAACACACACAUAUAUAUAUAUAUAGCCACUUUGCGUACCUAUGUUAAGGAACAAUCUUUACUUGGCUAUGCAGUGAUUUUAUCUGUCGGCCUACGAGCGUAUUAUGUGGUUUUAAAGUGAUAAUGGUUACGGUGUUAAAUACAAUGUUUGGCGCUUAUUAA